UUUCAUAUUGAUGAUAACUGUAAAAGUGUGUCUACUUUGAAAGACGCUUUGGAUAAAAGCGUCUGCAUAAUGCCUAAACAUAAACAUAAGCAUAGAUGUGGGCUAUCUUAACCUAUUAGGAAAGUCAGGAAAGCAGGAGUGAAGAAUAUUAGAGGCCUGCAUGCAAUAAUCUAAAUAAGACAUGGCUGAACAGUUUCCUUAAGAGCACAGCUGUAAACUGGUUGGGUGUUGCGCCCCCUUCUGGAGGAAGUAGAGUAAUGCAGCGUCCGGCUGAAGGCCAACCUUGAAUUCUUGUCCCCCGUCUGUCUUAUUCUGACAUUCAGUUCUUAUUUUCAAGAUCGAUCCUGUCUUUGAUCAAAGUCUCUAUCCUUGCAACCGCCAUCUAGUGAAGUCUCAUCAUGUUUUUGUUGUCACUGUUUGUUGCUACAGGCUGUCCUGUAGGUGGGUGUGUUCUUCUGAUGAAACGAAAACGAAAACUAAGAUGCACUUAAAAAAACAGCUUCCUGAACUGUGUAGUCAGAUAUUCCGAAACGGGGGAGCUUACGACCGAGGAGUCCAAGACCUCAACAGGGAAACGAUAUUUGUUAAAUUUUCUUUGUAAAUAUUUCUUUAGUCAAGGGAUUUUUUUUAUUGCCAAGCUACCGCAUGCAGGAGAAUGGAAAGGCUAACUCUGGCAACAGGGAGAAGAGGAAUUAGUAAUGAUUCUGACGGUGGCCAAAAUGAGAAUGCUCGUGGAGAAAGAGCGAGGAGACCAGGAGGCGACAGGAUGAGAGACCAAGAGAGAAGAAGAGCAAGAAGUCGAGGGGGCAAUCAAGGAGAAAGGGAGGAAGGGUGGAAUGGCAGGGGUGGAGGGAUGCGUGGUCGAGGUAGAGGCAGAGGAGGAAGAGGAAGAGGUGGAGGAGCAGGAGCAGGGGCUUUUGUGGAGGCAGGAGGCGCAGGCGAGGGGGUGAGAGGGAGAGGGAGAGGUAUACCAAGAGGAGGAGCAGACACACAAAGAGGGGGGGAAAGAGAUGGACAGAGGAGAGGAGGGAGGGGGGAAAACAGAGAGGAAGGAGCAGAAUGGCAGCAACAGGGAAGAAAUGGACGGCCUGGUGGAGCUGGAGGUGUGAGAGUGGAGAUGGCGAGAAUUGGUGAGAGGAGGGGAGGAUACAGUGGGAACAGAAGAGAAGGCUUCAGGGAUGAACAAAGAGAGGGGUCACAGGUUCGUAAACUGGGCUAUAGAGCACUGGAGGAACUCUCUGAAGAGGACCCGUCUAUCGUGGCCAUUACACUCUCCUCAAACCCGGGCUUUCGUGCAACCCUGUGUGAGACACCGAUGAGACGUGACAUGAUCCAGCUUCUCUGCCUGGUGCUGAACAAAGCCUUCACAUCACGGACAGAGAGGGGUACCCUGCAGCACCUUGCUGGUUUAAUUAAAGAUUCAACGUUCUUCCAAAACACCCUGCUUCUGUACGUGGGGGGUAUGGUGUCCGAGCCCAACCCUGUCCACAGAAGGCAAUAUCCACAACAGCUGCAAUACAUCCUGGCUAUUCUCGCAGAGGUGCUUAACGUCUUCCCUGCAAGCUCUGUCAAGUCAGUGAGUAUCCUACUGACCCUGCUUGAAGCCUCUAUAAACAGCCUCAGAGCAUCAGGUGAAAACAUUCAGCCUCAAAUGGAAGAAAACAUGGAAAAUCUUAAAGGCCUGGUUGAGCAUCUCCAAGAGAGGUCCAGGGAGGGCACCCUGCGCUCAGACAGGGAUACUUACGCACUGCUACCCACUGGCGGUGAUAACCCGGAUGAAGAGGACCACGAGGAUUUCAGAACCAUACCGCUCUACCCAACUCCAGAGGAGUUCCACCAGGAACACAGGCCUUUUCUUAGACCCAACCUGACCUCUCAGCGGUACACAAAUACCCACCUCUACCUGGAUACGCACUUCCGGCUGCUCAGAGAGGACUUUGUGCGUCCACUCCGUGAGGGGAUCCAGCAGUUGCUUCAGAGCCAGCUGGACAUGGGGAGGACUGAUAACCCAGCCAGGACGAAGCGUUUUGACGAUAUUCGCGUCUAUUUUGACACGCAGCUGGUCGUGCCAAAGUGCACGCAUACGGGCCUGGCUUACAUCGUCCAGUUUGACAUUCAGCCACUUAAGUUUGUACGCUGGCAGAACUCGAAGAGGCUGCUCUUUGGUUCCUUGGUUUGCCUUUCGUAUGAUAAUUUUGAGAGCUUCUUGUUUGCGACAGUGUCAGAUCGAGACCCCAAAGACUUGCAAAACGGACAAGUCCAGAUUACCUUCACAGAGGAAAGCAGAAUCAAGUUGGCCAGAAUUCAGACAGAUCAGUCGUUUCUGAUGGUUGAGACCACUGCUUACUUUGAAGCCUACCGCUAUGUUCUAGAGGGCUUAAAGGAGCAGACGGAGGAAAACCUGCCUUUUCAGAGAUACAUUGUGGAGUGUAGCACAGAUGUGCAUCCACCGGCUUAUUUACAUCUAGGUGAUGUCUAUAACCUGUCUACCAUUGCCGAACCCCUCUACAAAGCGAGCAUGCAGCCUUUUAGCUGCCUGGACCUACAGGCCUGGCCAAAAAUGGAUGAGCUGGGCCUUGAUGAGUCUCAGAUGAGUGCCUUCCAGCUGGCCAUCACCAAGGAGUUGGCAAUAAUACAAGGACCUCCUGGCACUGGAAAAACGUAUGUUGGCCUAAAGAUUGCUCAGGCUUUGUUGCAUAAUAAGGAUGUCUGGAGUCAUGAUGAGGACAAAGCUCCGAUGCUGGUUGUGUGUUACACCAACCACGCCCUUGAUCAAUUCCUUGAGGGUAUUUACAAAUUUCUGAAACACGGCAUUGUCAGAGUGGGAGGUCGCAGCAAUAGUGAGAUCCUGAAACCAUUUAAUCUGCGGGAGCUGACGCACUCACGUCUCUUUAGACAGUCACUUCCAUCUCACCUGCGUUCAGCAUACAGUCAGAUUCACAAGGAGCUGAGUGAGACGGCAUGGGAGAUCCAAACCCAUAGUGUGAAACUGGAGUGCUCUCUGAAAGGUGUAAUGCGGGAAAGUUUCUUGCAGAGGUUCAUUUCAGACGUACACUGGGACAGUCUCAGUUCACUAAAUAUGGAGGAUAUGUUUAUGACACGCAACGAGAAGCCCAGUCUGAUGAUGGAGUGGUUGGGUUUGGGUUCCACCGUCAUCCAGCAGAGGGAGGCAGAGAAUGCAAAUACAAACGAAGAGGCUGAAAUGGAGCAGGAAGAGGACCUCAUUGACAUAGCAGAGGAGGCUGAACUGAUCCAAGAGGAGCGGAUGAUUGACAGCGACUGGACAGUUGGUGCCGGAGCUGGCAGAGACGACAGGAAGAAAAGAGAAAUGGAGGAGACUGUCAGAGAGGUGGAGGAACUGAUGCUGGCUAUGAACCUGGACAAGGCUGACAUACAGGCAGAACCGACUGAAGGAGGAUGGCAGAUUCAACGGAACCAGAGGAAAAAGAUGAAGAGCAAAAUCCGGAAAGAGUUGGGGAAGUCCUCAGCUAUGCCUGAGGAAGAGGAGGAUAGCAUCUACGAUGUUUGGAGUCUCAGUCUGGAGGACAGAUGGAGAUUGUAUCGGUUGUGGGUGACACGCUACAGAGUUGAGCUUCGUACCAAAGCCCUGGUGUCUGAACAGGCCUAUCAGAAUGCAGUGGACAGACUGUCUGACGUAAAAAGACGAGAGAACCUUCAAAUCCUCAAGAGAGCCACGGUUAUUGGUAUGACAACAACGGGGGCUGCAAAGUUCCGCGAAGCUCUGCAGGAGGUAUCUCCUCGAGUGGUGAUUGUAGAAGAGGCUGCAGAGGUUCUGGAAGCCCACACCAUCACCACACUCAGCAGAGCAUGUCAGCACCUCAUCCUCAUCGGAGACCACCAACAGCUGCGACCAAGUGCCACAGUUUAUGAGCUUGCUAAGAACUUCAACCUGGAGAUGUCGAUGUUUGAGAGACUGGUGAGGAUGGGGCUGCCUUAUGUGAGACUCAACUACCAGCACCGUAUGAGGCCAGACAUCGCUCGUCUUUUGACCCCACACAUCUACUCAGAGCUAGAAAACCAUCCCUCUGUGCUAGAGUAUGAAAACAUCAAGGGCCUGAGCACCAAUUUAUUUUUUGUGGAGCACAACCAUCCGGAAGAAGAGAUCAGAGACGGAAAAAGCCAUCAGAACAGCCAUGAGGCAAAGUUUGUUGUGGCUCUUUGCCGCUACCUUCUCUUCCAGGACUACAAACCAGAACAGAUCACCAUCCUCACAACUUACACCGGCCAGCUUCAUUGUCUGCGCAAACAAAUGCCUGCCAGUGACUUCUCAGGGGUCAAAGUCCAUGUUGUGGACAAGUACCAGGGAGAGGAGAACGACAUUGUCAUAUUGUCCCUUGUGCGUAGCAAUUUGCAAGGUAAAGUUGGCUUCUUGAGCAUUCCCAAUCGUGUCUGUGUAGCCUUGUCACGUGCCAAGAAGGGUCUUUACUGCAUUGGCAACAGUGUGAUCCUGAGCAGGGUUGGCCUGUGGAGCAACAUUUUCCACACCUUGAGAGAAAGGGACCAGAUGGGCAAAGCUCUGACCCUGUGCUGUCAGAACCAUCCAGAACGACAGAUAGAAGCAUCCAGCGCUGAGGAUUUUAAGCAGGCGCCUGAGGGAGGCUGCACCCAGCCUUGCCGGUUUCGCUUGGAUUGCGGCCACGUUUGUUCAAGAGUGUGUCAUCCAUACGAUCCGGAGCACAAGAUGUUCAAGUGUGUCAAGAAUUGCGAGAAGAUUUUGUGUGAUCGUGGACACAGGUGCACGCUUGUGUGCCAUAAACAAUGUCCGAAAAAAUGCCUCAGGAAGGUUGAGAAGAUCAUUUCUCAGUGUCAACAUGUACAAAUGAUACCUUGUCACCAGGACCCAGAGACAUUUAUAUGCCAAGAGCCAUGCCAGAAGCUGCUCGGUUGUGGACAUCCAUGCGCCUCGGUCUGCGGGGACCCGUGCAGCAGCAAGUGCAGGGUAAAGGUCACCCUACACCUCAAGUGUGGACACACUCAGAAUGGCGAAUGCUUUUACAAGACGCAAACAGAGCAGCCAGAAUGCAGGGCCCCGUGUGAGCACCUGCUGAAAUGCGGCCAUGCCUGCACCGGCACGUGCGGGAAGUGCUACCAGGGCCGCUUCCACAGCCGCUGUUCGCGCCGAUGCGAGCGUCUCCUGGUUUGCUCUCACAAGUGCAUGGAGCCCUGUACCCGCGACUGCCCCCCCUGUCAGAGGCCCUGCGAAAACUGCUGCGUACACAGUAAAUGCAUGAAGCCAUGCGGGCAACCCUGCGCGCCCUGUAUCGAGCCCUGUGCAUGGCAGUGCCCUCACCAACGCUGCGGCAAACUUUGCCAUGAGCCGUGCGACCGCCCGCCGUGCACCCAGCCCUGCACGCUGCCGCUCACUUGUGGCCACCGAUGCAUUGGUUUGUGUGGAGAUAAAUGCCCAACGAAAUGCCGCAUCUGUCAUCACGACGAGGUCACGGAGAUCUUCUUUGGCACUGAAGACGAGCCGGAGGCCUGCUUCAUUCAGCUGGAGGACUGUGGACACAUCGUUGAAUCUACAGCCAUGGAUCACUAUAUGGGGAUGGAUGACAACAGCCAGACAAACGGAGAGCAGGUGGCUAUAAAGCUAAAAGAAUGCCCAAGGUGUAAAACUCCAAUCCGCAAGAAUCUUCGCUAUGGAUUACAUAUCAACCGCUGUCUGGCUGAGAUAGAGAUGGUCAAGAAAAAGAUAAAUGCACACCAGCCCAAUAUUGAGGAGCAAAGAAACAGGCUUCAAAAUAAGUGGGAGGACAACCUUCCCAUCUGUGAAGUACAUCUGGAACAGGAGUACAUGCAGGUCCAGUCCAAACUGAAACAAAGUUACCUCACUGCAAAUGACCUGUGGGUUGUGGAAAACAAGAUCGAUUUCCUAACGAGACUUGCAAAGCUUUCGAAAAUUGAAAGGGAAAAAAUGUUAUUCAGGGAUGGCUACGUGUUUCGACAGAGCGUCACCCAGUACUUGGACUGGCUCAACAGCCCUCACCAGAAAUUCACAGACCAACAGGUCUUUGAUCUGGAGAGAGAGCUGUGUAGACUCAACCUCACGGCUGAACUCAAUGCCCGUUGCCAAAUGGCAGAGAACGUGGGAAAAACUGACCAGAUGCAGUUUGAAGUGCAGAAAAUCAGAGAUGUUUUAAAGAUGUCGGGUCAGUUCACUGAGGAAGACCAGCAAAAAGUGAAAGAAGCUCUGAUGGAGCUGGAUAAAAACUUUCCAGUCAAAGGCCUGGGGAUCAGUGAUGAGGAGAGAAAGAUGAUUGUGUCAGCCAUGAAUAUGCAACCAGGACACUGGCACAAAUGUCCUAACGGUCACGUCUAUCUUAUAGCAGACUGUGGAGGAGCUAUGGAGAGGCGAAAUUGCCCUGAUUGCAACGCUAGUAUUGGUGGUGAAAAUCACACACUCGACAGUGGCAACCAAGUUGCCACCGAAAUGGAUGGAGCCCUGCAUCCUGCUUGGUCUGAGGCCAACAAUCUUCUAAACUUUGAUCGUCUUCACAUAUAAAUGUAAUCACAGACAAGUCAUUUUUCGCCCUGGCCUUUAAGACAGUAUGUAUGAAUGUAUGAAUGUAUGCAUGCAUGAGGUCCUGUACAUGCUGUGAAGACCAGAUUAUUUCAUAAAAUCACUGAACGGUGUAAUUAAAGAAAUGCAAUAUUUCUAUCUGCUUAAAGAAAUGGCUAAUGCAGAGAACUGUGCAUGAAAUCAUAGGCCUGACAGAAUUAUUUACUGUAGUAGUAUUAGCAGUGUGUACCAAUUUGUUUCUUUGAUCCCGGCAAACUUAAAUCUGUGCUUUCGUAUUACCCCAACAGAACUUUUUAACAUUUACCAUUCCAGAACAGUCGAUUCUGAUUUUACUUUAAAUAUGCUUUGCAGCACAAAUGAUGUUCCACUGAUCUUUAAAAUGUCUCAGAGUUAAAUGAAGAUGGUAGCCUUUAAUGUUUAUGCCUUGCACUUUUGAAUGGCAUUUACAGACAUGCAAAAUGUUAUUGGGGGCAAUCAGAAGAUUACAGACUUAAGUGAACUUCCAACCCUAACCUAAAUAAAAGUUUGACCACAACUGGACACCUUGAUUAGUCAGCGCCUAUGAUUUCAUCGAUUGUAAGGUAGUUUGACCCUUGCUGAUUGUUUUUUGUAUUGCAAUGGCAUGUGGGUUCCAUUGUUUAAAGCCUGCCCAAAUAUUCAAAUAUAAUAACUUGCUCUAUAAAAGGUUUACCUUUUGUUGUUUUUCUUGUUAUGUAUUUCAAUUUUGUUUCUCUGGAAGCUUUUGAUAAUCUUAUGGAUGUUUUCAACAGCUGUCUUGAACCCUAACAAUAGGUGGCAGUAAAGUAACAUAAGAUGCGUUUUUUUCAGAGGUUACCAGGCAUGUUCACUAUCUUAAGAAUAAAAUAUAUCUGGGUCUGUGAGCAAAUCUUUUACUUUAUUUUAGACACACUUGUCAUAGCAGAUGACAAAACACCUUGGGAAAGCUUAUAAAUCAUUUUUCCUGAAUUAUUUAGAUAUAUAGGUAGACGUGUACAGAAACCUUGUAAUAAUUUCUUUA